AUGCCGUCGGCCGCCGCGGCCGCCGCCUGGCUCGGGGGCCUGGCCCUGCUGGCGGCCGCGGGGCCGGCCGCCCGCCCCGCGGCGCCCGCCGGGGGCCCGCCGCUGCAGGCGUGCCCACGGGAGGUCGGCCAGAAGAGCGCCCGUGCGUCCUCGGCUUCCACCAAAGUCGAGCUCACGUUCCAGAACCAGACGCCGGUGCCGCUGGAGAUCGUCUGGAUCGACACCCGGGGCGCCGAGAAGGUCACGAACGAGAACCUGCCCCCCGGCAAGUCUGCCGUGCAGAGCAGCUUCGUCGGGCACGUCUUCGCGGCGCGGGAGCCGAAGUCCCGCACGCUCGUGAAGGUGGUCAGGGCGUCGGAGGAGGACGCCCAGGCCGGGCGACCGGCCAUCGUGAUCCCAGUUUGCAAGGGCCUGCUGGAGAGCGUGAAGGCCGUUGCCCCCCCGCGCCGCCCGGACCAGAGCAGGUGGAAGGAGUUUGAGCAGCUGGCUCGGGAUCACGGUUCUCCCUGCGUCGGCCAUUCGAAGGAGUGGAGUUGCGUCCGGCGGGUGACGGAGGCCGAGGUCAAGCAGCGCGAUCCUGCGCUGUACGGCUUCAGCGCGGACGAGACUGGCAGCGGGAACCCUUACAAACGUGGCGCCACGGCCGACCAUGUUUGGAUGAGCCAGCAGAGGUACAUAGUUAACGUGACCAAUCAAGAAUCCAACCAGGCACCACUUGGCUUUCUACCCCUCUCAAACGUACCAGGGAGCACGGUGACGGACUACGAGGGUGGAUACCUGAAGAUGCACAUGACAGACAAGAUGAAGUCCCUUCUUUACCCUUGGUACCAGGAGCGGUUGCGCGACUCUGUGAGGAAGCACGACCCCAUCCCUGGGUUUUUCACAAAUAGCCAUAAGGUCGCAAUGGAUAAGAUUGAGAUCACUCGCUUCCCAGCUGUGUACAACGGCUUGGUGCAGGAGAUGAAGCAGGUGCUCGAGUGGUGGACGAAUCAGACCCUCCAGCACACAACGACGUUCGGCCUCCGAGUUUACCGUCGCGGCUCGAUGCUGAUAAACCACUUAGACCGGAAGGACACACACGUGGCCAGCGCGGUGAUCCAGGUGGGCGCACGUGCCGAUGUCGGCUGGCCCCUCGAGGUCAUCCACCCCCACAAGACCGGCCUCGCGGAGGUGUAUUUGCAGCCCGGCGAGAUGGUGUUGUAUGAGGGGGCCCGGGUGGUCCAUGGCAGGCCGAUGCGGUUCCAGGGCGAGGAAUUCGGGAACAUUUUCUCGCACUUCAAGCCCGUGGACUGGAACGGGCCCACGGACUGGGAGAACCCGUACUUCAGGCUCGAGCGGGACAAGUUGCGUUAUUCAGAUCUGGAGUUGUAG